AUGGCGGAGCAGGAUAUGCUCGUCGAUACCAUACUUCUGGGCAGUUUCGCGCAUGUAUUGUUUGAUUGCGGGGCCGUCUGCGAUAGGGUUACUGUGAUUCCAGGGGUUAAAGGCGAAGCCGAAGAAGGACAAGUAUCUUUGAAAUGGCACUUGUUGAGGCGAAGGGUUGGUGUGCUGAUACAGGCUAUGCGAGCUGAUGGGGUCCGCCGCGGCGAUCGUAUCGCGGUGUGCACGGCUAACAGCAUCGACACGCUACUCAUAUUCCUUGCGUCGGCCGCACUCGGAGCCAUCUUCACAUCGAUGUCGAGCAAUCUAGGCUUGAAGGGAAUUUUGGACCGGAUACUCCAGACCAAGCCUCGCUGGCUCUUUAUGGAUGACUGGGCAGUCUAUAAUGGGAAGGCAAUCGACCUACGCGCCAAAAUGACUAACAUUGCCCAGGGCAUGCAGUCAAUUCCCGAGUUUGAGGGGGUUGUAUCACUCCCGCGGUUUACGUCACAGCCAGCGGAUGUCAGCCAGGUUCCAAACGCCUGCCUACUGUCUAGCUAUCUCGAGAAAGUCAGACCGAUCAACGACGCCCUUGAGUUUGAACGGGUUGACUUUAGAGAUCCUUGUCUGGUAGUAUACUCAUCCGGUACGACGGGUCCGCCAAAAUGCAUCGUUCAUUCCAGUGUUACACUGCAGUACACAACCACUGCCUGGAUUAUGUAUCUACUUGGAGUCCAGGCGCUGAUUUUCGGAUCACGAGUGAUCCUCUACGAUGGCAGCCCAUUCUUGCCGGAUGCUACAGCUUUGGUCAGGCUGACAGCGCAGGAAAGGGUAACACAUCUUGGAAUAUCGCCACGGUGGCUCGAUGAACUCCAGCGAGCAGAUUUCAAACCACGAGAGCUUGUAGACCUAAGCUCCCUGCAGAUAGUGUCGAGCACCGGCUCAGUAUUACGGGACGAGUUAUUUGAGUGGUUCUACGACGUCGCAUUCCCACCAUGUACCCGUCUCAACAACAUUGCUGGCGGCACCGAUAUCGCGGGUUGUUUUGGGAUAAGCAAUCCGCUGGCCCCAGUGUAUGUUGGAGGAUGCGCUGGAUACAGCCUAGGCGUCCCCGUGGAUGUGUAUGAAUCCGCCGUCGAAGGGGUUGAGGGCGUCCAGGGAGUCCCAGUGAAAGAUGGUGCUCCAGGGGAACUAGUGGCCACUGCAGCCUUUCCAAACCUGCCCACGCAUUUUUGGGGAGAUGAUAGCGGGAAGAAAUACCACGACGCAUAUUUUGCGAGAUUCGACAACGUCUGGAACCAUGGAGACUUCGUGUCAAUCUGCCCCCCCACCAAACAGCUUCUAUUCCAUGGCCGCGCUGGCGGCGUUCUGAGUCCCUCAGGUGUGCGCUUCGGAUCAUUUGAGAUCUACAGGGUAAUAGAAGCCGGGUUCACUGGCGAGAUUGCCGACUCGCUCUGUGUCGGUCAGCGAAGACCAACCGAUGCCGAUGAGCGAGUUAUAUUAUUUUUGCUCAUGAAGCCUAGCUCUCCUUUGACGCCGGGACUAAUAUCCCGCACCACGGUCAAUUUGAAAAAGGUUGAGCUGCCUGUGAAGCACAUUGUUUCUGGUAGACGCGUUAAGCCAUCCGGGACCCUGCUCAACCCGCGGAGUUUGGAAUUCUACUAUAUAUUUGCAGAGGUCGAGAAUCUAUUCCGCGAAAGUAAGCUCUAA